GGGCUGGGCGCGCUGCCCGCCUCGGCCGGGGUGGACAGGUGCCCCUGCCGCGGCUCCUGCCCCCGGCGCGGUGCCCCCGGAGCGGAGCGGAGCACAGACAGGGCUGAGGCGACGGGCGGCUCGGCAGGGGCGGCUCGGGCCGGCGGGCAGCUCUCUGCCGGGCGCCCGUGGAGCGAUGUGUGCUCCGUGUGUCGGUGAAGUCCCAGGAGCUACGUAUUUAGUUUGAGGUUUGCCUGGGUGUUUCGCGGGUGUCUUUGAUCUCCGCGUCUGCAGCUGAAUAGUCACUUCGGGAUGGGUUGUUUGUAUCGCCCUGCCGCCCUCAGCAGGUGCAGGAUUCUGCUCCGGCCGAUCUCCGGCAUCGGUCCUUGCCAGCUUCUCUCUGCUCUAUACCUCGUUGCAGCUACGGUUUAGGCUAAACCUGUGAUUUUCGGUAGCGGUGACGUUGUCCUUUCGGCAACGUCCCCAGUGCCUGAACGAGAAAUAACUUUAAGACCACCUUCAAAACGUUUUCAAGUUCUGCCGAACUGGAGUUCAUUUUUCAGGGACGCUGUGCGAAAACCUUUCGGUGGCGGAACUGCCAGAUAUAUGCUGAAUCUUUCAUGCAUAAAGGACUACCUCUUUAUGACCUGGUCAUUAUCUUUGACAAACUGUUGAAACCAUAGGAAAAUGGAUUUAGAUUGAUACCUGCCUAGUGCCUUGGUGAACUCAAAAGGAAUUGCAAAUAGCAACAUUGAAAAGGAAGAAGGUUUAAAAAUAUCUGGAGGGAGAUUAAGUGGCUCAACAACUAACGUUCUAAUGGAUGACAGAAACUUUCCACCAAAUGAUCUGCAAAUAGACUCAAAGGACAGUCUUCCUGCUAACUAUAGGGUAGGGGUUUUGGCAUCUCAUUUGAUUCCUUCAGCUGAUGAAAAUGAAAAUCAACUUGACAGUGAUGGAAAUGAAGUUCUGACCAGUAGUAACAUUGCUAUGGGGCAGGAUAAAGGUGAACAGGAUAACAUCAAUAAUAAUGAGAACACGGACAGUGGAGACUGGAUCUCAAGCUCGAAGGAAAGUGAGACUGAGAGGAGAUCUGUAAAUGUCCAUAUGGAUCCUCAGCUGGAGGAAAAGCCUAUUACUGAAAAACAGCCUGGUGGAAAAAGAAGUCCAAGAAGCAAAAGAAGCUCCAGUAAAAAAUCUAAAGGUGUUUCUACAAUGGGAACCACACCCAUCCUGGAGGAAAAUACUCUUGUUACAGAUACAGAUUUUGUGGAGGCUGAAGGUGCUGUUGAAACAAAGGAAAACUUUCAGCCAAAAGACCAAAAGCAAACGUUGCAGUCUCUUUUCUCUUUGCUCCGCGAAGAGGUUGAGCAGAUGGAUUCAAAGAUAUUGCCACUGUGUCUCCAUCAGAUAGCUGAGACCUAUUUUCAAGAGGAGGAAUAUGAGAAGGCCAUGAAGUUCAUUCAGCUUGAACGACUUUAUCAUGAGCAGCUGCUUGCAAAUCUUUCUUCCAUACAGGAGCAGUGGGAAAGAAAAUGGAAAACAGCAGUUGCAAGUCCAGUUACAACACUGAGGAAUUCAGAUAAAGAACUGAGCUGCCAGGAACUGGAAAAGCUUACUAGAGUUUGCUCUUCCCAUCAACAGCCACAGACAUCCAAAAAUAAGCUAGUAGCUGCAGAAAAUACAUGGGAAAGCAGUUGUUUGCCUCAGUUAAUGGAAUCCAGAACAUUAAAGGAAAGAGAAGCUACUGCCUUUCAAUCAGGUACUGAAACUUGUCCUGGCACUGGACCAAAGAAAGAAGAUAAACAGCUGAGCACUGUUCACCCAGGUGAAAACAAAACUGAGAGACAGACCGAGGCAGCAAGUCUUUGGGUAGCUGCAGGAAAGGACCACAUGGAGGAGCAGCACUGCAGUGCUGAAUCAACGUUGGAGCCACACACCCAGUCCACAGGGACAGUGGGCAGGCCUUCCUCGGGCUUUUUAUCAUCUGGGGAUGCCGGUAAAGAUAACAGUCUGCAGCUGAGGGAAAGACAGCUCUCCAAGGAUGCAGUAAAAAUAGAAGGGGCUGGGGAGUCUGGAGUGAAACUCCCUCUUGAGCCAAUGGUAGAUGCUUUGGCUUUAACAGAUGCUGAUUAUAUGCCUACUGAUUUGGUUCCUCCUGAUAAAGAUGUGGCAGCUGAUAGAAAUGUGCUCAGAUCAAAACAUGCUGCUGGGUCUUCGGAAACUGCUGGUGGCCAGCUUGGAAAUAGUGAUUUAAAUCAGCAACAGAUACAGCCUGAUGAUGAUGAUGAACCUUCAUGGGACAGAACAGCAUCAGAUGAAUGUUCUGGGUGUAAUAAAGUGUCUGAGCACGACACUACUGCCCAUUCACGGGUGUGCAAGAAAAUACAGAGAGCAGCAGGAUGGGAGGAGAAGGUCAAUAAUGAACAAGAAGAUUCAUUUCUGAGAUUUUUGAAUGGUAACAUAAUAGACACUGAAGAAUCUGCAAACUUUGCAAACCAAGAGGACUUUGACACUGUUCCAGAUAUUUCACCCGAACGAGCAUCUUAUAACUCCCUGGAAGCUUUAUCACUAGAUGACAGCUUUUCUUCUCUUGACGAACUUACAAGAAGGAUAGAGAUUACUGAGAUUACCCCAGUGGAAGGAUUGGUGUCUAUAUUAAAGAAGAGAGAUGACAGGGAUGGAAAAACAAUUGCUCAAGUCCAGCAAAGGCAAACAAAAAGAAGAGUGAGAUUCCAAGAAAUGGAAGACACAUUGGAUCAAGAUGAAGUGUCUGGUGGCUCCUGUGUUUUGCUGAUCCUGCUGUGCAUAGCAACUGUUUUCCUUAGCAUUGGAGGAACUGCACUGUACUGCACCUUUGGUGACAUGGAAUCCCCUGUGUGUACUGAAUUUGCAGACAACAUGGAUUUCUAUUAUACACAGAUACUGCAGCGUGUGGAAGAACUGAAACACUGGAUAGCCCUCUCAUAGCUGAAAGGAGUGGACACAGCACUCUGAGAGCUCACCAGUGGCUACUGGAGAGAGUAGAACAAAACUGUGAUUUCAAGUUCUCUAACACUUGCCACCUGCAAGUGAUGUGUAUUUGAUGAUACACUUUCACAUUUACUUAGAAAUCAAGAAAAUUUUAGUUUAGCAAUCAGGUGGCAAAAUAUUCACAUCUGUUCACAACUGUAGCAGUGUGGCAUGGGAGCAUAAAAAGUUAUUAUCUUCAUCCUUUUGAGAGUAGGCAAGUAGGUUUUCAUCCACUUGAGCAAGUGAAGAAGAAGGAAGAAAAUUAACUGUCUUCUGUAUUCUCUCCCAUUGCCACACAUUGUGUAAGCAAUCUCUGGAAGCUUAGUAAAAGGACAGCUUUAAUUUACAGCUGUUUGUGCAAAGGUGUUGCCGCCAGCUAUCAUGCAAUAAGUCUCUGUUUUAUGGAAACAUUAUUUUUUUUUCUAAGUCUUAAUGUUUUUAUCCAUUUUAUUUCUCCUGGUGAGCCAUGUAAUUAUUUGGGUGGAGUGAGAAGAGUGCGGUGGCAUUCACGGAGCCCUCAUUCGGUGAUUACCAGGCUGACCCUGUAUCUUAUAGCUUGCAGUGAAUAUCAUGAAUGGGAUAAAUCUGCUGGCAGAUUUCACUAAAUUUCUUGGACCUUUGCUCUCAGUAUCAUGUAGGUUGUUUUAGAAAUGGAAGGUUAAAAAAGAAGUCACUGGUCUCACUAAACACAGAAACAAAAGAUGUUUAGUAAAUUAUUCAUAUUAAAUAA